UCUCAAAGAUAACUCUCCAUUGAUCCUUUCCAUUCGAUACUUAGCUACGCGAGACUUCCAUAGGAUUUAUCCAGCAAUAUGAAGUUCGCAUCAAUCAUCACUCUGGUACUACCAGCAGUAGCACUAGCUCAGACAUCUACCCCAGCCGCCAGCGACACUCCGGCGCCUUCUGGACCCCCAGACUUGUCAGUCUGCGAAAAGCAGGCUGGUCCUUACGCCGAUGCUUGCCCUAAGUGUAAUCCAAAGUGUGUAGGCUCAUCCGCUUACGAGGAUUGCCUAUUCAGCGUAUUCUCAGCAAUCAAUGGUAUUCAGUCCCAAUGCUGGCAACACGGUGGCAACAACUGCAGGGACGUGGCUAUUAACGAAGUUUGCGGCUGAGAGGAAUCUAUGCCGGGCAGGUGAUUAGGAGGAAAGAGAG